UGACCCUACUGGUUUAUUCAAUUUGCCUCCUAAAGCAGCGCGAGAUCAGUGUCACGUUAUAGACACAGGCCAUUCGCACUGUGCUGUACAUGUGGCACAGUGCAUACAAUCCUGCUGUCUUCCUUUUGCUCCUGUCUCAUGGCGUGUGUAUCCAGGGAGACUGAACCGCACCCCUGAGCCGCUGGAGGGCUGAUAGUCUGUUCUCUCUUGGUCUCUUACACCUCUUUAAUACUGCCGUUUGUAUUGAUCGGAAUAUUUACGAUGUCUGACUCAGAGGAUAUAACGGAGUUCGGGAGCAUAAUGGAGCGAAUUGAAAGGGGAGAGGUCCCUAUAAAGAACAUAGAGCGUGAGCUGAUCUGCCCCAUUUGCAAGGAACUGUUCACGCACCCCCUCAUCCUGCCAUGCCAGCACAGUGUUUGUCACAAAUGUGUCAAAGAGCUGCUCAUGUUAAACCAUGACGACUCUUUCAGCACGGACGCCGGAUCCGAGUGCUCGAACCCUGGAAGUCCUCGGUCCAGAGUGCCGUCUCCCAGCAUGGAGAGGCUUGACAGGCUGGUCCGAUCAGUGUCACUGCGGCAGCAGCAGCAGCAGCUGGCCCAAGCAAGCCGCGCUGCAGAUGCUGCCUGCUCCUCCCCUCCCCGAACAGCACAGCGCAACCAUGGCCUAAGGUCCGUGUCCUCUUCUCCCGGCUGGAGGCGCUCCUCAGUCACCCCCCGCGUCACCAGCUUUCCAUGCCCAGGUUGCCAGCGUGACAUAGAGCUGGGCGAACGCGGCAUCAGCAUGCUUUUCCGCAACUUCACACUAGAGAGCAUCGUGGAACGCUACAGGCAGGCAGCCCGUGCUGCAGUCGCCAUCAUGUGCAACGUGUGCAAGCCGCCUGUGCAGGAGGCCACCAAGAGCUGCAUGGACUGUAAGGCGAGCUACUGCAACGAGUGCUUCAAGCUGCACCACCCAUGGGGGACGCCCAGGGCCCAGCAUGAGUAUGUUGGGCCUACUACUAACUUCAGACCAAAGGUGUUGAUGUGUCCUGAGCACGAGAUGGAGAAAGUUAACAUGUACUGCGAGGUGUGUCGCAGGCCGGUGUGUCACCUCUGCAAACUUGGCGGUUCGCAUGCUAACCAUAAAGUCACGUCCAUGAGCAGUGCCUAUAAGGUCCUUAAGGAAAAGCUAUCAAAAAGUAUCCAUUAUUUAAUUAGCAAAGAGGAACAAGUGAGGACUCAGAUUUCUGAACUCCAUGUCAUGAUUCGGCAGACUGAGGAAAAUGGACAGCUUGCAGAGAGACAGGCGCAUGAGCACUUUGAGCGUCUAUUUGAGACUCUGCAGGAAAGAAAGACUGAAAUGUUGCGGUCCAUUGAGUUGUCCAGGAACCGACGUCUGGACAAGCUCAAGAGCCAGGUGGAAGAGUACCAGGGCAUGUUGGAGAACAGCGGUUUAGUGGGCUACGCACAAGAAGUCCUCAAAGAGACUGACCAGUCCUGCUUUGUUCAGACGGCUAAGCAGCUCCACAUCAGGAUUCAGAAAGCAACGGAGUCACUGAAGACCUUUCAGCCUGCUGCAAAUCCCUCAUUUGAUGAGUUUGUCCUGGACACCUCAAAGGAAGAGUCCUUGCUGAAAGAUCUUUCUUUUGGUGGAGUUCCCGAUCCUCCUAUGAUUGACUUGUCUCAGAGUCGUGUAUAUAAUGAGGGCCUGAUCCAAUGGAGGCUGCCGGACGAUUCUCUUCCCACUGACCACCAUGUUCUCGAGUAUAGAAAAGUGCCUGCAAAGGAUGAGGAGAGCCACUGGCACCAGACCGAGCAAGUGUACAGCCCCAGCACAGUGGUGUGUGAUUUGGAUAGCGAUUGCCACUACGCAUUCAGGGUGCGGAGCUGCCGCAAUAGCAUUCACAGCCCCUACAGCCCAGAGGUGUCCUUUCACACACCUCCUGCACCAGUGUUCGGCUUCCUGUUCAAUGAGAAAUGCGGCUACAGCGCCGAGCGUCUGAGGUUGAGCAAGAGGAAGGACUCUGUGGACAGCAUGGCUGGCAUGACCUUCUUGUUGGCUGCUGAUCGGGUUCAGACUGGAAGUUACAUAUGUCUCGACUACAUCAUCGGUGACACAGGCAUCUCUCAUGGCCGCCACUACUGGGCUUUCCAUGUGGAACCAAGCUCUUACAUGGUGAAAGUGGGUGUGGCUUCAGAUUCGAAGAUGAGUGAGUGGUUCCACAACCCCCGUGACACCAGCAGCCCACGGUAUGACCAUGACAGCGGGCAUGACAGUGGCAGCGAAGACACGUGCUAUGAGCUCUCUCAGCCUUUCACUCUGCUCACAGUAGGCAUGGGAAAGCUCUUUAUUCCCAAAGCGUCCCACAACGCAGCCUCGGGAGACCAUGGAAGCCGUGUUCUGCCUCUGCCUCAGCGAAUCGGCAUCUGCCUUGACUAUGAGGCUGGCCGUGUCUUCUUCUACGACGCUGACUCAAUGCGCUGCUUCUUCGAGCGUCAGGUGGACUGUUCCGGAAUCAUGUACCCUGCUUUCGGCCUCAUGGGAGGCGGAGCCAUCCACCUGGAGGAGUUCAUCACAGCCAAGCGUCUCUCUUACAUGUAAAAUAUGUCUGAGUUGGUCUGCUGAUCACUAUCUAUCCUAUUCCAUUGGCUUCUUUUGUCCCCUGUUUCUCACGUCAUAAUAUGUAGCUAUUUGUGAAAACACAAUUUUGGUGCACUGCUUCAGUUUCAGAGCCACAUGUAAUGUGAAAAACCCUAGAUACAGUGCCUUUUAGAAGACCAACUAGGCCGGUGUUUAGAUUCUAAUGUCUGCACUUAUACAAAUCAGGGUUUAACACCAGUCACAGAAAUGCAAAAGAACACACUACACCUUAAUAUAAUGCACUGUUUUACAGAUGUCAUCUAUUUGCUGUACACAUGAGCAAUUUAACGAUUGUAAACGAGUACGUUAAUCGACACUAACUAAUACCUGUGCACUAAUAAUCACCGACUUUGUACACUGUUCAGAUUGUAGAAAUGCUGCUUAGGCAGGCUUUGUUUCUAUCACGAGAAAGAUUACAAAUUGUUUAAGAAUAAUCAAGAAUGUUCUAAUAAAUAAUUUGCAGUGAAAUUGAGUCUAUUCUAAACAGUCUGUUUUAAAAACACCAUGAAAGCGCUUGCUUGCAGUGGACUGUCACGUAUACACGUAAGGACACCUCGAAGUGAUUGGUAUGUAAAUGAAUGCAGCAUUGAUUAGCUUUUGCAUUUUGAAUGUAGCUUUAAAAAAAAAAAAAAGCAAGGUAGCAUUUGAAGCACAGCUGUGCUGCUAGGUUUUAACCAGGGUAUGAGUACGAACACUGAUUCAGAAGGUGAUUGGUUUAAUAUGCACAAUCACAGCCAGUCCAUAAAUGACUGACUAAUACUGACAUGGCCUUAGUGAAUGAUGACGACAGAUAACUGGAUUUAAAGGGAUUUAAAUGGAGUAGCAGCAGAUGGAAUGGGAUUGCCAUGUGAUUCCUCAGGUACUCAUCCUAUGGGCUUUCUAAUACCUACCUCUUAGUCCUGAAAUAAUAAUAAUUGGCGCUGGCUUUAUGCUUGGAUGAAAUUGAGGUGGUGGUAUAGCAUGUGCCUAUUCACUGAACCUCAAAGGGUUUGUUUGCCUCUUAAGCUUGAACCCUAUGAGUUUACCAAAUCAAAGCAUUUUAUUUCUCCAUUCAAGUCUUUCUAACUUGUUCUUUUUAACCUUUUUGGUAUUUUUUUUAAGAUGCUUUUUAAAUUUCAAUGCUUUUUGAUCCUUCCUACUUAUGUUUUAGUUUUUAUUUCAUUGUAGCAUAAUCCUUUGUGAUAGGAAUGUUUGUUUUAAAGAAAGCAUCAUCAGAUUAUGACCAAGAAGUCCUUUUUUUUUUUUUUUCUUCAAAUCUCUUCAAUAAUAUGUAAUAUAUUUUACAUGUUGUGUCCUGAGGGUUGGUUGGUUGGUUUGUUUGUGAUGAUUAAUCAUGUGAAUGAUGGUAUUGUCACGUAAGAAAAUAGUGAAAUCAUGGGAUGCUCUUCUGGUAGUUACUUUCAAACACUAAUCAUGGUUUAUCACAUUUCUUUCCACAGUGGAUUCAAAGGAGAAUCUAUGCACAUUAGUUUACAGUUUCGGACUUGUGUUUUUUGCAAAGUUACAAUGUUUGUGUCAGAGUGUAAUUGUAACCCACAUAUAACAAUAUUUUUUUUUCCUUGUACACGUUAAACUGUUCAGUCUUUUAGGGUGGGGUUCUGUUUUCACUAAUCACUUUUAACGUAGACUUAGUGGUAGAGUAUCAAGAUACUGUGAGCUGUACUUGCUUAUUAAACAGGACAUGAUGUGUUUUUAGUGGUCAUUCGUCGUUAAGAUAGCACUUUAUAGCAUGUUAAGUCUCAUGGCUCGGUGCAGAUGUAUGUGAAGUAGUGUGCAAUAUAAUUUCCCCCCAUGGGACGUACUAUACUCUUCAAUGAGCUGUGGUGUGAUGUUUGUAUUUUUGUGAUUUCAAGGCUUUAAUGAAAAUGAAAAGCUGUCUGUCACUUGUAUAUCUAUAUUGUUUUAUUUUUUAAUUUGCCACGUGGGGUUUUGAUAUAAAAUAAAAGUGUUGAAACUGG